CAUGGACCCACAGUAACAAUAAACUGAUCAUCCGUGGAUAGGUCCCUGGGCUUGGUUGAUCAGUAGACGGGUUAAUCGCGAUGUAGCGGUGGCAGUACCGUGGACCUUACCCAUCUAAAGGCUUACUCAUUCCAUUUUUUAAAUCUGAAUUUAUAUGAAAUGCUUUAGUAUUAGCCCCAAACAUGGAGCCUCAAAUCGUUCUCAUAACUGGCUGCUCUUCAGGUAUCGGGCUCGCCACUGCCACUCGUCUCGCUCUCGACAACGAUCAGCGAUACAUCGUCAUCGCAACGGUAAUUUCGAUGUCGGAAAGGGCGGAGCUGAUGACUGCCCUGGGCGACGCCCUGGAUAAAACAGUUUUCAUCAAAGUUUUGGACGUAACGAAUGACGAGAAUAUAUCUUCUGUGGUUGACAAUGUCAUUAAUACUCAUGAGCGGAUCGAUGUUUUGAUAAACAUCGCUGGAGUGGUCUUCCUCGGAAUUCCUGAGCAGAUGCCGAGGGAAAAGAUUGACCUUAUGUUCAGUGUUAAUGUGAUGGGGGCUAUGAGACUCACACAAGCUGUCCUGCCGCACAUGAAAGAAAGAAGAGCAGGGAAGAUUAUUGCUGUUACAAGCAGUCUCGCCAGGCAAGGUCGACCUUACUACGAAUUUUAUUGUGCGACCAAGUUUGCAAUCGAAGGGUUUUUCGAAUCUCUGGCUGCUGGCUUGAGGCUAUUCAAUAUUCGGGUUUGUCUGGUGGAGCCUGCUCGUGUUACUACCAGGAUGGAUGAUCAUGUAUGUGCCUGCGUGAGGGAGAUACUGAACGACGACGAAAUCGACGAAAUAGACCGCCGUCAUCUAGAACACAUGCAUCGGAUGAUGAAGGUAUCGAAGUCGUCAAGCGCGGAGAAGGUCGCCGAGGCCAUCGUGGAACGGUGCUUGGAGGAGGAGAAACCUGCUCUUAGACACCUCUUAAAAGAUAAGGUUGGCUGCGAGGAGAUAGCGAAGUAUUGUAGUGAUGUUACUGGGGAACGCUCUAUAGCUGGAAACCUAAAGCGACUGGGGUAUUCAUCGUGAAAUGGGAGGCUCCGUUCGCAGAACCUGCGAGACAUCUCAACAUCGAUGUUUGAACAUGUUGAUACGAACGGACAUAUAUGAGUGCAUUGAUAAUUUAGGUGAAUGACUAAUCAAAACCGAAUGUAAAAAAAAAAUAUAAGAGUAAAUGCCUUGAUAAUCAUUAACAGCUAGUGUUAGUUAUGCUGGUGCUAAAUAAUUCUACUUAGUGCAUCGAUUAUCAUCAAAUCAACACCACCAACACCACCAUCAUCAAACCAUUAUGCAUCACCUCCACCAUCAUCAUCACCAUUGUCAAUAUCAUCAUUAUCAUCAUCAUCAUCAUUGCCACCACUACUACUACUACCUCCACCACAACCAUCACCAGAUGUUUCUCCUCAAGGGGCAGGGGGUUACUGUACAGCGUGUCCCACAAAGAUAAAAUGAGUAGAUUGUGAUAAUUGCUAAAUCAUAUUGUAUAUAAUUGUAAUAUCGUGAAACAGCAUUUGUUUUAUACAACUGACCUGAAUUUUAUGAGAUACGGGCCUACUUUCAGGAGUGAUCAGAAAACAGUCCUUUCAAUCCAUGUUUCGGUGUGACGUUGAAAUAAAGCACAAAUUCCAAUCACCUCCUUAUUCACUAUUUAUGUAUUCAUUUAUUUAUUUCCUUUGAAGGAUUGGAGGCCUACUAAAGGAUAACUACAAGGAAAUGAUUUAAAACUUUUUUAGUAAUCCAUAAUCUCAUCUAUUCAUCCGAAGGGUGAAUAAAUAGGUCAUCCCCAGGACUUGAACAAAAGCUAUCAGUGCCGAUCUUAUGCCCCUGGCUGAACGUGAAUAAAGAGGCCUUUGAUUUGUACCACUUGAAUGUAAUCAAAAGAAAAAGUGCUCAUAUCUUUGUGAUUAUAUGGCCUGUUGCAGAAAGAGUUGCGUUUAAACGCAAGUCAGAAAAUCAAUCGCAAGUCAGAAAUGCGCGCUGUUGAUUGGUUGAAAAUCAAGUUGCGCGUGAUUUUUAGAGUUGCGUUUGAUUGCAACUCUUUCUGCAACGGGCCAUAAAAUUAUUCCAGAUGUAGAAAAUGAAUUGUAGUUUCCGGAUGUAAAGAAAUGAAGAAUGUAAUGGUAUCAUUUUAAUAUCAUACCAAUCUAGAGUGCCAUUACCAUUUUCUCGUGGAAUACGCUGUAGUAUAGUGAAAUAUCGAGCAGAAAGGGUAUUAAGGGGUAUGUUUGUAUUUAAUUUCAGUAUUUUUGUUAGGAUUCUCUAUUUGUUCCUUGAAGUAAAGAAGUCAUAUUCUUCCUAAUAUUUUCACCCCCGUCCUUUCGAAGCUUCUGAUUUUGCACUUCAGAAUACUUUUUCAAUAUGGCUUCUUCUAAACUUUUCUUGUAAAUUAUACUUCCCAAAGUUUAGGUGAUGAUUAAAACAAAAUAGAACUUGUCUAUUUACAGUUUUCUGUUUGUUUUUUUUUGUUUUUUUUUAUAAUUAGCACGUACUCAAUAUUUCAUGUGCUAAAAUGAACUAUUAUUAUAUUUCCAAAGUCUUCACUGACCCGGCAUGGUGACUCAUGAAAUUUAGGUCAUAUGUUUGGUACUCGGAUCAGGAGGCUAAAAAAAAAUUGACAUAAAAGCAUUUGGGUUGUAGGCUAUUGGUAUUUAUAUCAUUUCUGUGUGGUUUUAAUAAUAGUACAGCAGAACUUCUGAAUUAUUUUUGUGUCAAUAAAUUUCAAACAAUUUUUUUUGUUCGUGGUUACUCAUUUCUAUUUUUGCAUUAAGCGCAUUGAGACGCCCACGGGUAGUGAUAUGCGAUAUAUAUAAGCAACAUCGUGUUAUGACUGUAGAAGCUCCUUGCUGUUACUAUUGUUAUUAUUACUAUUCUGACCUCAACAUAAUUAAAGAACAAAGCUUGAUAUCCCGAUGAUAUAUUUUAAUCAUAGACAGUACAACUCGUCAUUGUUUGUCAGUUUCGCAUUGGUUUGGGGGAAACGGUUAGAAGAUUGACAUUACCAUAGAUAUAGAGGCUUUUAUCUGGAGCAAUUACUAUGCACAGGCACACAUGCAAUACGGUUGUGAGGAACGGACAGGGUGACCAGACGUCCCGUAUUUCCCGGGAUUGUCCCGUAUUUUGCUCCUUUGUCCCGGCGUCCCGAUAAACCCUCCCCGGGACGCCUAAUUGUCCCGUUUUUCAGAAUAUUGAACAAAAAUACAUUUAAAAGUGACAAAUUUUCAUUAAAUCAUAAAUAAACAACAGAUGACGAAGGAGAGAUAACAAUUAAAUCGAUAACUGUAAACUUUUGCAAGUUUUGCGGUGAUUUUCUUGCUUCUGUAACCCAAUACAUUGCAAACGAACUUGCCUCCUGCCUAUGUGUGUGUGUUAGGCUAGUAGCUAGGCAUGUAUGAUCGGAGCAAAUGCAAACAAUCUCACAUGAUAAACAGUUUUUCCACCAAAAUAGUCACAAAGUCGGCAGGAAAUUUUUAUAAUUAUUCUCAGAUUAAUGUUUUAGAGAUGUAAUCGGUGCAAGAAGUUAUUGACUUUUCAUAGAUCUAGUUUUUUCAGCUUUUGUUUUGAGUCUUGGUGUGUUCGAUGCCGCG